GAGCGAAUCAGCCGAGAAACCUCUCGAUCCCCCAUUCCCGGGCCGGAGUCCGGAGAACCCUUGCCCGCGCCGCCGCAGCCAUGGGAAUGGGGGCGACUGAGAACGCCACGUCGAUCGUGGAGUCAGCGGCCGCGGUGGAGGCCGCCGUUCCCGCGGGGGGGUCUUACGCGCUGCUGCAGUGCGGCGAGGACUCGGAGUACGUGCGCAAGGCGUACGGCGGGUACUUCGAGGUGUUCCGCGCGCUGCUGGCCGAGGACGGCGAGCAGUGGCGCGUCUUCCGCGCCGCGCGCGGGGAGCUUCCCUCUGAGGCCGAGGCGGCCGGGUUCGACGGGUUCGUCAUCUCCGGGAGCUGCAGCGACGCGCACGGCUACGAGCCGUGGAUCCUCGCGCUCGUCGACCUACUCUGCCGCCUCCACGACGCCGGCAAGCGCAUCCUCGGGGUCUGCUUCGGCCACCAGAUCCUGUGCCGGGCGCUGGGCGGCAGGACGGGGCGGUCGAGCAAGGGCUGGGACAUCGGCGUGAACUGCAUCCACCCCACGGCUGCGGCGGCAAGGCUGUUCGCGCCACUCAAGCUGCCCGUCCACAUGCCCGUCAUCGAGUUCCACCAGGACGAGGUGUGGGAGCUGCCCCCGUACGCGGAGGUGCUGGCUCGGUCCGAAAAGACCGGCGUCGAGAUGUUCCGUCUCGGCGACCGCGUCAUGGGCGUCCAGGGCCACCCCGAGUACAGCAAGGACAUCCUCAUGAGCAUCGCCGACCGCCUCCUCCGGCGCAACCUCAUCCUGGACUGCCAGGUGGACGUGGCGAAGGCGAGCUUCGACGUGCGGCAGCCCGACAAGGACCUAUGGAAGAAGGUGUGCAGAGGUUUCCUCAAGGGCAGGCUACAGGAGCAGCAGCAGCAGCAAGUGUCGGUGGUGGUGCUGUAGGAUCCUACACUUCAGUUGAAGGGGGGAGGACCAAGUUAAAGGGGGGGGGGGGGAUUGAGAGAAUUGAAGGGGGGAGGAUCAAGUUUAAGGGGGAAAUCUCUACAGGAUCCUUAUUGUGUGCUUCAGAGUUCAGAGUUGUACAGAAACUAUCUAUUCGGAGCAUUAAUAAGAGAGAGAAUGGGUGGCUGGUUUGGCAGUCUUUUGGCUUCA